GAGCUCGCGAUCUCUCUUCCUUGAUUCCGCAGUCUCUCUCUCUCUCUCUCUCUCUGUGCUGGUGGGAUUCGCUUCGCGGGGCAGAACCAACGCUCGAGGCUUUUAUCUGCGGGGGAGCUAUCGUGGCGAUCUGUGCAGGGAGCAGUGGAAGAAGCGGAACAGCAUGCGGUGGUGGAGUCUCUCGAUUGACGUAUUCCGAAAAGCCAUCUCUCUGAACCUGUUCUGCAGGGUUAUUCUGUAACUUUCGCUUUGUCCUCCAUACUCCCCAGAUUUUGAUAUCCUCGCCUUACCUUUCUCCUCCCCCCCCCCCCCCCUGUUGGUCAGAACCAUCUCUUUCCCCAUGGGAUCCACUUUCUUCGUCGUCGUCCCUUGCUACGUCCGCCAGAUUAGCUGAAAAUUUACUCGUAGUCCCCAUCUGUGGAAUUUACUAGCGUCUUUCCUUCGCUGCCCAGUAAUUGGACGAGUCUCCGUUUCUUGUUGUUAGUUCCUUAGUUUCUUGAUCUCCCGUCUGUGCCUCUCUGUUUGGACGCGGAAGUGCUCUGUGGGUAUCCGAGCUUUUCUGAUCAUCUGUCGGCGUCCUCGUUGUUCCUCGAGAUCUUUGAUUUUGUUUCCUGUUUCUUGGGUGCUGAUUCUGCUGCUCUUCUGGGAGAUCAAAAGGGUCGAAACUUCUUGAGUGAGGGGGUUGGGAAGUGUAGUUAUGGUGUGCCAAGCAGCAAGCCAAACGAGAUUCCGGGCAUUGAAACACGAAAAUGGGAUUGCUGGGAAUGCUACCAUUAUUGUUAGAGUGAUAGCGUGCUUUCAACCUCUUCAAGAUUGCCAGGCUGAAUACUUUCGUCAUUUGCUUAAGCCUGUAACGUAGAUAGAUUUCGCUCCUUCGUGUUCCUCUUAAGCUGGUGUUCUUAGUUUUUUCCUCUUGUUUCUCAAUCAAGUAGCAAGCAAUCAGCCACUUCUAUUAUUACAAGGUCCAUCAGUGUUCUCGCUUAAUCUUUUCCAGGUGAUUGUUUUGGUUGGAUGGGAGAAGGCGGCGGAUUCCCGCAGCAACACUUUCCUUGGCAAUUGCCUAAUUCAGAUCUGCCAAAUUUCCAAUUCAACUUGGGGUAUCCAGGUCUCAUCUCGGCCCAGAAAAGUGGUGGCCAGAAAAUGGUUCCUUCCGAUCAAGUAUUGCCACUGGAUGUGUUUUCUGGACUACCUCAUCCUCGGAUAAGCCAAUCUUACGAACCUCAAGGUUGGUUUUAUUGCUUGCCGCACUUCCGGCAGGCUUUGGGCCCUACUUCGGACAAUUUGGUUCUAGAAGACAAGCUCCCCGCUACCACUUUCGAGAAAUGGAGGGAUUUCAGCAUUCCUAACGCGGGCUCUGUCGGUGUGCAGAAGAAAUUUGUUGUUUUUGAUCGGUCGGGUGAUCAGACUACUCUGAUUUAUAGUUCUGGGAAUGGAGUUCCUACCGAGGGCUUACCUCCCUGGACUACAAAACAACUCUGUCCUAGAAGUGCUAUCAACGAUGUUGCAGGGAGCAACAAGGAUCAUGAUAAUCAUUUUGGGCCUUUAUCGAUGGAGAGAAUACAUGAAAACCCAGAAACUGAUGUGCAAAGUGAGAUGCGGGAAGAUACGGAAGAACUCAAUGCCUUGCUCUACUCGGAUGAUGAUACUGACUACUCCGACGGCGACGACGACGAUGAAGUUACCAGUACUGGCCAUUCACCCAGCACGAUGACAGAUCACGAGAGACGUGGUUUGUCUGAAGAAAGUAAUGAGGAGGUAGCUAGUUCAAUUUGGCCUGUCAAGAGGCGAAAGACUUCCUGUGGAGAUGGUAAUCAGCUGCCAUCUCUUGUGGACACCGCAACAUCUUAUCUGAACCUGUCUAUUGGGUCUGAGGAUGAUGCUAAAUCCAGUAGUGGUGAUGGAAAAAAUUACGCCUACGACUUGGCUUCAAUAUCUGGCGACAAGAAGAUUAAAAGGGAGAGAAUCCGUGAGACUGUCAACAUUCUGCAAACCAUAGUUCCCGGUGGGAAGGGGAAGAACGCUAUCGUGGUUCUUGAUGAAGCCAUCAACUACUUGAAAUCCUUGAAGCGCAAAGCCGAAGCUCUUGGGCUCACCCCGUAAACCCGUAUGUUUCUACCAGUGGUCUGGCACUUUUACAAGUUGUCCUACGUACCUGCUUCUGUUUAAUUAGUAGCGAAUGUAAUGUUUAGUGUGUGCAAAAUAAGUUCGAAGACGUGGUGUUCGAGCACAGGGCCUUGUGCAUAUGGCAAAACGGAAAGGGUCUCUCUAUAGUGAUUGGUGUGGAGGUUUGCAAGCUGUGUGGAACACAAAAGCUGUUCUCGCUAUCUAGACUGGAGCAUUUUGUGUGAGCAGAGCACCACUUGCUGUCCCAGCAAUAGGGUUGAAUCAUCAUUAGUCUAUAUUUUAGGGUUUAGUGAAAGUAGGACUCAAAGUUUGGACUGAGCAAAGAAGUUGGAUGUGUGAAUGAGCAGACCAAGUGAAGAGGGGAUUUGCACGCCUCUUAUUGUCCUGGGUCCCAACCCUCGCUUUCUCCCACCCUUUUCCUGAACUUAGUGCUGUUUUAUCCUUUGUGGGUCACCCCCUUUUUGUGUAAAAGAGAGCGAGAGAGAGAUUUCUUCCUCCCCCACUUGAAACCCCUUUUAUCAUAUGUGCUAAAAUCCCCCCCUUGGGAGAUGGUUAUUUCCAUGCACAAGUCAUAAACCCCACCCAAGAGAAGAGGAAGACUCCGAGCUCUUUCCGGUGCUUUUGCUUUUUACUGCUAGUGGUUGCUGCGCUGCGAUUUGGUGAAAGUGGGUUGUAAUUAUAAAAAAGGCUUUGGUGGGUAGAGCAGGCAUGUCUUGGCUAUUAUGUUGCGUUGCGCUUUGGUGUAAACUUUUGAACCUCUUUUGCUCUCGUGAAAGCUCUCUCUGCUGGUGUGAAAUGUCAAAAAGCGUGCUCUGUGAUUUGUUCG